UAGUUUCGGAAAACGUUUCUUGGACAAGCAAAACAGUUAAUAAAGGCAUUUAUUUACUCAACUCUUCAGUAAUUUUUUUGAUAAUUAAACUCUUCAGUAAUUGUUCUGCAACAACAAAAAUAAAUAAAGCUAUUGAAGUCAGAUCAUAGAAAAUAAAAAAAUGAAAACAUAGAUGGAUGCCAAAUGUCUGGACCUUCAUCCGCCACCGCCGCCGCAGCAACACUCCUAUAUCAACCUCAAGAAUCUUCCUCCGGCCACCGCCAUACCCUACUAUCAGGUUAAGAAAAACAAAACUACUACCAAAUAUGUGCCCAAAAUUUCUAAGCCAAGAACUGAAGAAGAAUUGAAGAUACUGAAAUUUGAUCUGGAGGCGGAUACAGAAGCAGAUUUAUUAGCUGAACAGUUUCAACAACAUAAAAUUGAAGAUAAUGUUGUUGGUUCUGUAACUUCUGUUAAGAGUAUAGAUUCCGGUAAUUUUGUUAAAUUGGGUGGAGUAAAAAUGGCAUCAGCUAAAGCUCAAUUACAUGAGAUUUGUGUAGCAAACAAAUGGAAGCCUCCUGUAUAUGAAUGCUGUAGAGAAGAAGGGACUGGCAUACUGAGACGGACUAAUCCAAGAUUUGCAAACAGAUUCACAUUUAAGGUUGUAGUUGAAAUUAAAGGGGCAGAAUGUAAAGCUUUGGAGUGCUAUGGUGAAUCUAAACCCAGAAAGAAGGCAGCAGCAGAGCUUGCGGCAGAGGGGGCAUUAUGGUAUUUGAACCAUCUUGGUUAUUCUAUUACUAACAAGAAGAAAAAAAAAUUAAGUGACAAUUAGUAAGGUGUUAAACUGGGUUAGAAUUUAAGUUAAAUGUGUUCAAACGCAAUUCACUUAAUUUAAAAAAUUAACGGGUUAGAAUUUAAGUUAAAUGUGUUCGCAUUGUAGGCGAAUUGAUUUAUUUAUGAUAUAAUUUAAAAUAUGUUGUUUCCAGGUUAA